AUGACUUCUUUCGCUAUUACGGUCGCCUUCUCUGUCCUUUUCCUUCUUCUCAUCAAAUAUUUUGUUCUAGAUCCCCUUGUUUUUAGCCCUCUCAGUCGCGUGCCGGGCCCGAUAGCCUUCGCCCUCACCAAGUGGCGACUUGGCUACGAGGACUGGAGAGGAACUCGCACGCGUACAAUUCAACAGCUGCACUCGAAAUACGGUCCGGCGGUCCGCAUAGGCCCUAAUGAGAUUUCAUUCAACAGUUUGACUGCGCUAAAGACAGUCUACGGCCCCGGGAGCCGAUACGGCAGGACCGCCUUCUACCGCAUGUUUGAUGUGUACGGUGAGCAGAACUUGUUUAGCUUUCACUCGGUAGAAGAGCAUGGCAGCCGAAAAAAGCUCUUGUCCCACGCCUACGCGAAAUCUACUAUACUCAAAGCACCAACAACACAGUUAGUCGAGGAGAAGACGCGACAGUAUAUGGAACUCAUCGGUAGUGAGCCAAACCACGUUAGCGAUGUCUUCCAUACACUUCACUACUACUCCCUCGACAAUAUCACCUCUUUUAUUUACGGAAAACACGGGUCAACAUCUGCCAUGCGGGGAUCAGAAACAGACCGAGCUCUGAUCUCCGACAUUAUGCAUCCUUCUCGCCGCAAGUUGUCCUGGUGUUUGGUACAUAUGCCGUCCAUCACGAAAUGGAUGUACGCUCGUACGGGGUUCAUGCGCCAACUGGUGAAACCAAUUCUUCCAAUGCAGCUGCCAACUACGUAUACCGGCAUUCGGAAGUUCGCAUUACAGGCAUUCGAGAAUUUCCAGUCGGAUCCAGAAGGUUUCAAGCCCUCUCAGAAGACGAAUGGAAAAGAAAGAUCCAUCCUCGCCCAUCUCUGGCAGCACCAUCAAACGCAAAAGACCAAUGGGCUGAACGAUAUGCAGGCGGCAUCCGAGUGCGCAGAUCAUUUUCUUGCUGGAAUCGACACCACCAGCGAUACGCUCAUGUUUCUCCUCUGGUCACUCUCCUUGCCUGAGAAUCGACGAUUUCAGGAAAAAUUGAGAGAUGAGCUCCUUGGGCUUCCUGCAGAAUCACUGAAUCAGCAUGGCUAUCCCAGAGCCGAUGAAAGUGAUCGAUGCACGUAUCUCCACGCCAUUAUCAAGGAGACACUGAGGCUCUAUGCGCCGCUGCCAAGUUCCGAGCCACGCUCAGUCAACGCUGCAUCCGUGGUUGACGGCUACCCCAUCCCAGCUGACACCGUUGUUAGCAUCUCACCAUGGAUUCUGCAUCGCAAUCCAGAAGUUUUCAAAAACCCUUUGGAAUUUAACCCCGAUCGCUGGCUCGGACCUGAUGUUACUGAACUAAACCGUUGGUUUUGGGCCUUUUCGAGUGGCGGUCGCAUGUGUAUUGGCAUGCAUUUGGCUAUGGCCGAAAUGACGACUCUCAUUGCUGCCCUAUACCGAGAGUAUCAGACAUCGAUUGCUCCGGGAUUUGAGAAUACUACACCUGGCAUCACCGCUCGGGUUGAGGUUUUCUACGAUGAGCGAUUCCCUAAGCUACAGGAGAAUACUUGCUUGAUCAAGUUCGAUAGGUUACGGAAGUAG